AUGCAGCGGCUAAAUGAUGGGCCGUAUGGAAAAACUAAAGAUAUAUCGGGUCCGGAGCACACCAUGGCCUCCAGAAGACACAGCAUACCAGAAGCUCUGCGGGGGGUGACCAUGGUGGAGCUGGUGAAGAAGGAGGGCAGCACGCUGGGCCUCACCAUCUCAGGAGGAACCGACAAGGACGGGAAGCCGCGGGUAUCGAACCUGCGACCCGGCGGCCUGGCUGCCAGGAGCGACCAGCUGAACGUCGGCGACUACAUCAAGUCGGUAAACGGCAUCAACCUGACCAAACUGAGACACGAGGAGAUCAUCAGCCUGCUGAAGAACGUGGGCGAGCGCGUCCUGCUGGAGGUGGAGUACGAGCUGCCCCCGACAGCACCAGACAGCACCUCAGGGGUUAUUUCAAAGACAAUCGACAUCUGUUUGCACAAAGAGGGGAGCAGCUUCGGUUUCGUCAUGAGAGGCGGGAUACAUGAAGACUGGCACAAGUCCCGACCUUUGGUGGUGACCUACGUGAGACCAGGAGGGCCUGCAGACCGAGAGGGAACGCUGCGUCCCGGCGACCGUCUGCUCAGCGUGGACGGCGUCCCGCUGCACAACGCCAACCACAGCGACGCCCUCAGCGUGUUGGCUCAGUGCGGCCAGGAGGCGCUGUUCCAGAUCGAGUACGACGUCACCAUCAUGGACACGGUGGCGAACGCCUCCGGCCCCCUGCUGGUGGAGAUCGUCAAGGCGCCGGGGGCGAUGCUGGGCAUCACGCUGACGUCGGCCAGCCACCGAAACAAGCAGGUCAUCGUCAUCGACCGGGUCAAACCUGGCAGCGUGGUGGACAGGUGCGGAGCGCUGCACGCCGGCGAUCACCUGCUGUCCAUCGACGGCACGUCGACGGAGCACUGCACCGUGCUGGAGGCCACGCAGCUCAUCGCCAGCACCAGCGAGCUGGUCAAGCUGGAGAUCCUGCCGUCGCACCAGACCCGGCUGACCGGGAAACAGCACGACACAGUGAAGGUUCAGAAGUCGGACCACCCUCACUCCUGGGACCCCUGUGUGAACUACAUCCACCCUCCAAACUCCACCCUGUGCAACAGCAGCACCCUCAACAAGUCCUGGACGGCGUCCAACAACAACACCAUCAACAGCCUGGACUACUGCAAGUCUCUGGUCUCGGCCAGUUUCUCCCCCGGCUCUACGACCACGUCGGGGCCCAGCAGCCAGAGCUCCAGCACCCUCCCCAGGCCCUCGGUUCCCAUGAGUCCCCGGAACUCGCUGCUCAAGCGGCGGCAGAGGAAGAAAGAGCACAAGAGCUCCCUGUCCCUGGCGUCCAGCUCGGUGGGUCCGGGCGGGCAGGUGGUCCACGUGGAAACCAGCGAGGUGGUCCUGACGGGCGACCCGCUCAACGGCUUCGGCGUGCAGCUGCAGGGCGGCAUCUUCGCCACCGAGACGCUGUCGGCGCCGCCGCUCAUCCGCUUCAUCGAGCCCGACAGCUCCGCCGAGAGGUGCGGCCUGCUGCAGGUGGGGGACCGCCUGCUGUCCAUCAACGGGAUCCCCACGGAGGACGGGACGCUGGAGGAGGCCAACCAGCUGCUCCGGGACGCGGCGCUGACCAACAAGGUGUCGCUGGAGAUCGAGUUCGACGUCGCAGAGUCCGUGGUGCCCAGUAGUGGGACUUUCCACGUCAAGCUGCCCAAGAAGAGAGGAGUGGAGCUGGGGAUCACCAUCAGUGCCAGUAAGAAGUCAGGAGAGCCGCUCAUCAUCUCUGACAUCAAGAAGGGAAGCAUGGCUCACAGAACAGGAACGCUGGAGCCCGGAGACAAGCUGCUGGCCAUCGACAACAUCCGGCUGGAGAACUGCUCCCGAGAUGACGCCGAGCAGAUCCUGCAGCAGUGCGAGGAGCUGGUCAAGCUGAAGAUCCGCAAAGACGAGGACAACUCCGACGAGCAGGAGACGUCAGGCAGCAUUAUCUACACCGUGGAGCUGAAGCGCUACGGAGGCCCUCUGGGGAUUACCAUCUCAGGCACCGAGGAGCCCUUUGACCCCAUCACCAUAUCCGGCCUGACCAAGAGAGGCCUGGCCGAGAGGACCGGGGCGAUCCACGUGGGCGACCGCAUCCUGGCCAUCAACAGCGUCAGCCUCAAAGGGAAGCCGCUGAGCGAAGCCAUCCACCUCCUGCAGAUGGCCGGAGAGACGGUCACGCUCAAGAUCAAGAAACAGCUCGACAACAUGGAGGAGAGGAAAGCGGCGGCCGAGGCCGAGGACACGACGGAAAACGACCUGAGCGACACGGAGGAGGACGACCUGACGGACAGCCAGCAGACCAACAAGCUGUCGGAGCUGUACUCCACCACCAUCCCCAGCGUGGACUCCGCCAUGGACUCCUGGGACGGAUCGGGGAUGGACGCCGGCUACGGCAGCCAGGGCACCUACAGCCACCAAGCAGCCGGCAUCGCCCUCCACCCGCACGAGUGGCGCAGCGCCAAGCAGCAGCGCAGCAGCACGCCCCCUCCUGGCCGCAGGAAGAACUACCCCUUCAGCGACGGAGGCUUCAGUGAGGACGACUGGGACAAACCGCCAGGCUUCAUCGGCCAGCCGCCCGACGGCAUCCUGCUGGACCCGGACGACAGCUUCUGGUGUCAGGCGCUGGAGGACCUGGAGACCUGCGGACAGUCCGAGCUCCUCCGGGAGAUCGAGGCGUCCAUCAUGACGGGCACCGCCAUCACUCUGGGCGUGGACGGCGUGGGCAAGCCGCCGGCCGAGCCCAUCCUGAGCCACAGCCGGAUGAGCCCGCUGCGCAGGAACUCGCUCCUGCACCACCAGGGGAACCUGCUCCACCAGGGGGCCCACCUGCACGAGGAGGCCCAGCUCCACCAAGACGCACACCUGCACGAGGAGGCCCAUUUCAACCAGGAGCACCUGCACCAGGGGGCCCACAUCCUCCAGGACAGCCAGUCCCCCCUCCUGCACCACGAGCCCAAAGCCAAGGCCUCGCUCAGGGUGUCGGAGAGGACGUGGGAGUCCCGGCGGAUCAAGGAGGAGAUGCAGGGCAUUCUGUCUCCGACGCCUCUGGAGCUGCACAAAGUGACGGUGAUAAAGGAUCCAGAGAGCGACGACUUCGGCUUCAGCGUGUCGGACGGCUUCUUGGAGAAGGGCGUGUACGUCAACAUGAUCCGACCGGACGGACCGGCCGACCGGUCCGGAUUAAGACCCUACGAUCGGAUCCUGCAGGUGAACCACGUCCGGACGCGGGACUUCGACUGCUGCCUGGCCGUGCCGCUCAUCACAGAGGCCGGAGACCGCCUGGAGCUGGUCAUCAGCCGCAACCCGCUGGCCAACGACGACCCGGAGGACAAUAACAACACUUUAGACCAUGCACUAGACCUGUAACACUCUCCCACGCAAAGGUCAAACUCUGCGCGCACACACACACACACACACACACACACACAGACACAGACACACACACACAGACACACACACACACACACACACACACACACACACACACACACACACACACAGGCAAGAUACACACACUUCACUGGCAAUAACUCUCCAAACGACUUUAACUGGAAGACAGACUCAAACGUUUGCAUGCACUUCCAACCAUCCCAUCCCAUUCAUGUUGGGUUUGAGCUGCUGUCAGAGUGUUUCAUCAUUAGAAAAGCACAACCUCAGUGCAGGAAGAGAGGGAAAAAGAAAUACCUCAGGCUCCGGGG